AUGGGCUCCAAGCAAGCCGGAAGCCGCAGCGAGGACCUCCAGGCGUGCAGGCGAUUACCCGAGGACUCCAUGGUGCUGGAUGAACCUAGAACUGGUCCAGUGGCGCUACUCAGCAGUAAGAUUCAGACUGAUGUCACUUAUCACAUUAGAGCCCUAGCCAGUGUCUACACACCUGUAGCUAGCAAAACAGCUACACAGGUUUACCUUUCAGGGUUAAAGGACAUUGCAAAACUGACUGGCAAGGACUUUGCAGCUGUCCUCAGGGAAGAGCUCUCCGCUAUCAGUGAGGAUGUUGAUCUAGAUCAAUCAGAAACCCAAGAUGAAGAUACAGAACAGAACUCACCUGAUACCCCAGGGCAGCAUAUUCAACAUCAUUGGUCUCUACCACCAUCUAAAGAAAAGACACGGCCUGCUCUGAAAUUUUCUGACGUCAACCCACCUGACAUACAAAAGGUAAUAGUCGAGCACAUAGUGAGGAAUGAAGAUUCUGCUUUGCAGGUGCACACUUCUUUGAGACUCAGACCCUUCUCUGGGCGCUUUCCCCGAUCUAACAACGAAGUUGAUUAUGAGACAUGGCGUUCCAAUGUGGAAUUUCUUCUUAAAGACACAACGCAGUCUGGUCUUUACAAGUCACGGAAGCUUCUUGAAAGUCUCUUAUCACCUGCCAUUGAUAUUGUGAAGCACCUGAUGCCUGAAUCUCCCCUUAAUGCGUACUUAGAGAUCUUGGACUCCGCUUUCGGCACUGUCGAGGAUGGAGAUGACCUUUUCGCAAAGUAUCUUAACACAAUGCAAGAUAAUGGUGAGAAACCCUCAGCUUAUCUACAACGGCUACAGGUGAUGCUGAACACCACCCUCAGGAGGGGAGGUGUAACUGCAAGCGACCUUGACCGGCAUCUUCUCAGACAGUUUGUCAGAGGCUGCUGGGACAACAUCUUGAUAGCUGAACUCCAGCUAGAACAAAAGAAACAGAACCCACCUACCUUUGCUGAACUUCUCCUGUUACUCCGCAUAGCAGAAGAUAAGCGUGCUUCCAAAGCAUCCCGCAUGAGACGACACCUCAAUAUCGCAAAGCCAAGAGCGUCUUCUUAUUAUCAGAGUAUUUAUGUGCAGAGUGAGGAGGACUGCAAUCCACCUCAGCCAGCUCUUGAUCACAGGUCCGAAAUCCAAGACCUAAAGAAACAAAUAGCUGAUUUACAGUCCCAGCUCACACGUAUCACCCAGAAAGACAGUAGGAAGGCUAAAUCAGCUGCCAGACCAGUAGCUCCCCAAACAGCCAUCACUCCAACAUCUCAAAGGCCGCACUAUAGCCGAGAUACGGGGACUGGAACACAGACAAAGUGUCCCAAAAAGAAGCUGCACAGAGCCCGUGUGUAUUCUCACACACAAAAACAGACAGUGACCCUGCCAAAAGGGCUGAUUGGAGCCAAGUGCACUGCACAAGUGACCAUAGGUAACAAAGACUGCAGAUGCUUGUUGGAUUCAGGCUCUCAGGUGACAACGAUCCCCAACUCCUUCUAUUUAGAGAACCUGUCACACUUACCUAUGAAUUCUUUGAAUGAUCUGCUUGAAGUGGAAGGAGCCAACGGCCAAAGCGUCCCUUACCUUGGCUAUAUUGAGGCCACCAUCAGAUUUCCAAAGAGCGUGCUUGGAGCGGACAUUGAGGUGCCCACACUGGUUUUAGUCGUACCUGACAUGCGCUCCACCUUGUCAUCAGUGCUUAUAGGCACAAAUGCUUUGGAUGUCCUUUAUGAAAAGUAUGCAGAUAUCGCACCUCAGGACUAUGAGUCUCUUCCUUACGGCUAUAAAGUUGUUUUAAAGACCCUUGAAAUCAGGAAAAGACAGUCUGUUGAUUCCAGUUUAGGAGAGGUGAGACUUCAUAGUAGGGACUUUGAGACUAUUGCAGCUGGACAGACCAAAGUUCUUAAAGGAACAGUGAGUUGCAGGACAGCUGGUGUUGGAAAUUGGGUGAUGGUACAGUCACCAAAAUUAUUUUCCCUGCCAGGUGGCAUCCUGGUGACGGAUAGCUUGGUAGGCCUACCACCAAAACUACCACGCUGCAUACCAGUCAUGCUCAAGAAUGAGUCACAUCAUGACAUCACCCUAUCCCCAAAGGCUGUAAUAGCAGAGAUACACGCUGUCAAGAGUGUUCAAUCAAUUAAGACCCCUGACUCAGACCUUCCCACAGAACCAGACCGAAAGUUAAAUCUCAACCUUGACUUCACUGACUCUCCCGUACCCAAUGAGUGGAAAGAGAGAAUAACUGAGAAAUUAAGUGCCAUGCCAGAAGUGUUCGCACUGCACGAGCUUGAUUUUGGUCACACCGACAAGAUAAAACACCACAUAACCCUCAGUGACGAGACAACAUUCAAGCAUAGAUCAAGACCUAUACACCCCCAAGACAUAGAGGCUGUGCGUAACCACCUCCAGCAACUCCUUGAUGCUGAAGUCAUCCGUGAAUCGGAGUCACCCUUCUCCUCGCCGAUUGUCGUCGUCAGGAAAAGGAAUGGCGAUGUCAGACUCUGCAUAGAUUACAGAAAAUUGAACACCCAAACAGUAAAAGAUUCAUACGCCUUACCUAAUCUUGAAGAGUCAUUCUCAGCGUUGACCGGGUCCCGGUGGUUCUCAGUGCUCGAUCUCAAAUCAGGCUUCUAUCAAAUAGAGAUGGAGGAAGCAGACAAACACAAAACCGCAUUCGUCUGCCCACUAGGAUUUUUCGAGUUUAACAGGAUGCCUCAGGGAAUAACUAAUGCCCCUAGCACGUUCCAGAGGCUUAUGGAGCGCUGUAUGGGGGAGUUAAACUUGAAACAAGUCCUAGUUUUUCUUGAUGACCUCAUCAUCUUCUCUUCGACGCUGAGGGAACACGAGGAAAGGUUGAUGCGCGUGCUCAACCAAUUGAAAGAGUUUGGCUUGAAACUGUCGCCAGGGAAGUGCAAGUUCUUCCAAACUUCAGUAAAGUACCUCGGCCACAUCGUGUCUGAAAAGGGCAUCGAAACUGACCCAGAUAAAGUAGCAGCAUUAGAAACCUGGCCAAAACCAAACAAUCUGAAAGAGCUAAGAACCUUCCUGGGCUUCUGCGGUUAUUACCGCCGGUUUGUGAAGGACUACUCAAAGAUUGUGAAGCCACUCAACGAGCUCACUGCUGGCUAUCCACCGCUGAGAAAGCGCACUAAAACCACAGAGAGCCCUGAGAAAUACUACAACCCAAAGGACCUCUUUGGUGACAGAUGGACGUCUGCUUGUCAGGCAGCGUUCGACACCAUAAUCGGAAAACUGACAACAGCGCCCAUCCUCGGGUUUGCUGACCCCAAACUCCCCUACAUCUUACACACAGAUGCGAGUACUUCGGGACUCGGCGCUGCCCUUUACCAGGAGCAACAAGGACGGAAGCGGGUAGUUGCCUACGCAAGUCGAGGUCUGUCGACAUGUGAGUUCAAGUAUCCUGCACACAAAUUAGAAUUCCUUGCCCUUAAAUGGGCAGUGACAGAGAAAUUCCAAGAUUAUUUAUAUGGGAAUACGUUCCUUGCUGUCACCGAUAGCAAUCCGCUAACAUACAUUCUUACCUCUGCUAAGCUUGAUGCCGCAAGCUACAGAUGGUUAGCCGCUCUGUCGACAUUUGAUUUCCAGCUACAAUACAGAGCCGGUAAGCAGAAUCAAGACGCGGAUGGGCUGUCCAGGCGCCCCCACGGCAGAUUACCUGAUGACUUAUCGUCACAAAAAGAGUUGGAGAGGAUACAACAAUUCGCAAAAAGACACUUAUCAGAGACUGAUUAUGCACACCUGGAUGGAAACACCAUCAAAGCUAUCUGUGAGAGGCACUUGGUUCGCCAAGUGAUCAACAAUCACUCUGGGGAAACAUCAGCCAGCACCAUCUUGGUUAUGUCACUUGCCCAUCAUCCAAAGGCUCUACCACAAAGCUUUGAGGAAGAGGAUCAGCUUGGUGGCUUACCUGUCAUCCCUUCAUUAGCACCAGCUGAAUUGAGAGACAAGCAAAAUGCUGAUCCCUGCAUUCGUGAAGUACUCAGGCAAGUGGAGUUAGAGGAGAGGCCCCCACCAUCCUUGAGGAAGGAACUUCCUGAGCUUGGUCUCUUAUUAAGGGAGUGGGACAAACUUACUGUCUUAAAUGGUGUCUUGUAUCGCAAGCGGCAAGAGGGUGCUCAAACUCACUACCAGCUUGUGCUCCCCGAAGUCCUGAGAUCCUUAGUCCUCAAGAGCCUCCAUGACGACAUGGGCCACAUGGGCGUAGAGCGCACUCUAGACCUUGUCCGGAAGCGUUUUUAUUGGCCCAAAAUGGCAGCCGAGGUAGAAGCUAAGAUCAAAGCCUGCAACCGCUGCAUACGACGUAAGGCUAUUCCUGAGAAAGCUGCACCACUCGUCAACAUCGUCGCAGCAAGACCACUUGAACUCGUGUGUAUGGACUUUCUCAGUGUGGAGCCGGACUCCAGUAACACCAAAGACAUUCUGGUCAUUACCGACCAUUUUACAAAAUAUGCAGUGGCUGUCCCCACCUCGAAUCAGAAAGCCAGGACAGUGGCUAAGAACCUAUGGGACCAUUUUUUCGUCCAUUAUGGCAUCCCUGAAAAACUCCACAGUGACCAAGGUCCCGACUUUGAGUCCCGAACAAUAAAAGAGCUGUGUGAGCUCAUUGGUACUCGAAAGAUAAGGACCACCCCUUACCAUCCGAGGGGGAACCCUGUAGAACGUUUCAACAGGACCCUGCUCAACAUGUUGGGAACCCUCGAGAAUCAGAAAAAGAGUCACUGGCGGGAUUACGUCAAGCCAUUAGUACACGCUUAUAAUUGCACCAAAAACGAGACAACUGGUUUUACCCCUUACGAGUUAAUGUUCGGGCGUCAGCCAAGAUUGCCAGUUGACCUAGCCUUUGGCCUACCGGUCAAUCACCAGCCAGGUUCACACUCGCAAUAUGUUCGCAAUCUGAAAUCCCAACUCGAGAACAGUUACAGAGUAGCAACUGAGAAUGCUAAAAAGACAGCCAGUCGCAACAAAGCGAGGUUUGACAAGCAUGUUGUUAAUUCCACCUUGAGAGAAGGUGACAGAGUCUUGGUUCGAAACGUCCGUCUUAGAGGCAAACAUAAGUUGGCCGACAAGUGGGAGCCUGAUGUGUAUAUUGUCCAGAAGCAGUCUGGAGACGUCCCAGUGUAUGUCGUGAGGCCUGAGACAAGAGAUGGCCCACAAAGAACUCUUCAUCGUGACCUCCUGCUGCCAUGCGGGUUCCUUCCUGUGGCCUCAAUCGAAAGUGAAACUAACCCAUCAAUGGCAGUGAGACGACCAAGAACUCGACAACAUCCUAAAAAUGACAGUUCAGAUAGAGCUGAUGGGGAUGGAUCCCAAUCUGACUCUGAGGAAUAUCACUAUGAUGGACACAGAACCCUAAGAGUGGAAACAUUAGGUUUUGACCCGACCCUUGAACCGAUAGAACACUCACCAGAAAGGAUUGAUCCGGAACCCUCCAAAGAGUUGACUGCUGAUAAGCAAGAUCCUUCAAACGUGGCCAAAGCUCUUCCUGAAGAUGUUCCUGUAGAGAUUUGUGACCUAGACUUACCUGAUCCUGAAGAGAGCAGCCCAAUCGUUGGACAGGAAACUGGGGACCUACCUGAGGAAGGCCUAGAUAGUGUCCAUCCUUCUACUCAACUUGUUCGAGAGGGCGAAGAAGACACAAGUGUUAUGGACCAGAUUGACAUCCAGACAGAACGUGACUGUUCUAGAAGACCUAUCAGAGACAGGAAAGCAGCUAAAAGACUGACUUACCCUGAGUUAGGGAACCCGUUGGUUACAAUGGUUCAGUCUUUAUUUCAAACCUUGAGUGAUGUGUUUAUAGAUUCCCUUGAAGAGCCUAGUUUUCCAAAAACCCCUAGAGUUAUGACAGUAUAGAUUCAGAAUGCACAGGGGCGUGCAUUAGGUAAAGAGGGGAGGAUGUAACCCAUGUUAGAACAUGACAUAAAUAAGAAUAAAUAGUUUAAAAGCUGCAUAGAUAAAUUUGAAAUGUAAGUGAUUCAAUUAAUAUAAGUUAAUUCAUCAGAGUUAAAAAAUGUGAAUAAUGUUAAUAUAACAAUUUAAUGAUUAAGGUUAAAAGUAUGCUGAUAGGAAAUUCGUGGCACUGCUCCUUUUAAGGAACUAGUGACGCGAGACGCAGUACUUUAGUGACGGGAGACGGAGUACUCCGGUGGCGCGAGAGAGAUUGGAGGGGAUGAGCUGUGUUCAGUGAGCAGAGAAAGGAGGGAAAAGUUGAUCUUGCAAUUGAAAAACAUAACUUACCUGCUCGGGAAUUGACAGGGAUUUUAUGAUAACUAAUCCACAUCGGGUUUAGUUAAGUUUCUUUGCUUGGUUUGAAGCUCGGUCGGAGC